AUGAACUUCAACACCGCUACACUAAACUACCACCAGAACUACACCUUCCAGCCACUAUCAGGUGCUCAAUCGUCCAACGGCAGGUCUUCUGUCUUUUCUACACACGACAUUGACACUGAUGACUACUUCAAUGACCCCAAAUUGAAAGAACUGGACGAAUUCUACCAAAAGACGCUGCUCAUGGAUGAGGAUGACGACGACAACUACUACAAAUACGCUAAUGUCAGUAACACUACUGCCUCCUCGCCAGAGAUGCAGGUCGUGGACCCCUUCUUACCCAAGAAGACCCCCAUUGCUAACCCAUUCUUGACACACAUCUUGACCAGAAAAGUCGAUGACACCGCCUUGCAAGUGGAUAUUCACCCCACUUAUGAUCCAACCACUGAAGUGCUCCCAUUGACCAUUGAAAACUUACAGAAGUUAUCCUUGGAUAGUCUUGCUACUCCGCCACAACCCAGCAGAAGGAAGAGAUUAAGAGCACAACAACAGCAGCAGAAGACGACGACGACGACGGCCACUGCACCACCACCAACGAGACAAUUGUACAAGACUGAAUUAUGUGAAACCUUCACGGUAAAGGGUUAUUGCAAGUAUGAGAGUAAGUGUCAAUUCGCUCAUGGUUUGGAUGAAUUACAAAUUAAAGAACGUGCCAAUAAUUUCAGAACCAAAAAUUGUAAUAACUGGUUGAAAUUGGGGUACUGCCCCUACGGUAACCGUUGUUGCUUCAAACAUGGCGACAAUAAGGAUAUCCAGAUAUAUGUCAAAGCGGGAACUUAUGUGUCCAGGCAAGAACAACAGCAACAGCAAAACGAGCAGGCAAGCGCACACGUGAGGAAACCACGCCCUCAUACCAAUCCUAUGAUACUGAAGAGAAUGAAAUGGUAA